AUGUUGAGGCCAUCAUCCGCUUCUGCCACCAGUCAAGCUGUCGACCCUGAGGAAGGCAUUGAUUUGAAACUGCAGGUGCAAGAGCUCACUCAGAGCCUUCAUCAGCAGGCUCAUGAGUUGAUCGAUCAUCGGGAGAUCCUUGAACACCCCUCUACCACCGCCAUCCACCCUCACCUUGUUACCCCUCACCAACACAGAAAAAAAAAGAAAGGAAAAGAAAGAAAUGGUGAGAGCUUGAGGGAAGAGAGGGAGAAUCAGAGCUGUGGGAGAAGAGAGAAGCAGAGCAAGACAGCGCCGGUGUCGUGGGUCUCGCCACCACCGUUGACGCUGCUGUGGACUGCGAAGCCGCCGCCGCUUCCACUGACGAAGAGGAGAGAAGGGGACGCCGUUGAGCAAACCGUGCGAGAGAGGGAGCUGCCUUCCACGCGUCGCCAUCAUCGAGUCCGAGGCGGAGAGGAGGAGCGCGAGCGGGAGGAAGAAGCCGUCGCCAUCGCCGUUUGUGCUCCGUCAUCGCUGCCGUUCGUGAACCAGACGCCGUCGCCAUCAGAAGCUCUUGCCGCCGCCGAGAAUCCCAUCACUGUCAGAUCCAUUGCAUCGCCGUUGGGGGGCUUCGAAGGGGGAGAAGAAGCUGAUUCCAUUACACCCGCUGCCGGAGGGGGAACCAGCUGCGCCACCGCGCCUCUGUCGCCGGGAAACGCUGCUGCCGCUGUCGAGAUCCACUGCCGCUCUGUUUCUGAGUUUUUCCUUUGUUACGGAUUGAUUUCUCGUUGUUGCAUGUCGCGUUUGGGAUUGCCGCCGUUGCUGCGAGGGUGGAAUGAGCUGUGGUUGUGACUGCUGAAGGUGAGCUCCUUUCGACCCAGUUCUUUCAGACUUUCAGUGUCAAUUUCAGAGUUGAAAGAGAAUCAUCCCGAGUUUGCACUUGUUCUUGACACCAGUGGUGAUAAGCUUCCUAAUACAUUCAACUUGGUGUACAAGAGUGUUCCUGUGCAUGAUGUUACUGUAGGAUCAUAUAUCCUUGUUGGUGCUGGUGAGGUGUGUUACACUUAUUAGAAGCUUUUCCAUGAGAAAGAAGAUGGAUAAACAUAAUGGAGUUUGUAAUUUGUAGUUUAUAUUUUAGAGAUUUAUAAUUUCUUAUUUUUUUUCUUGUCCUAUGUAUUUAUCUAGUUCAUUAGAGUUCUUCAAUGUGUCUUGUUAGUUUGUACUUUAAUGUUUAUAUGUUGAAUAUUUAUAAAACAAUUUUUGUUAAAUGAAAGAUAUUUGAACUA